AUGUUCCUGGAGGCAGCGUCCAGCUCUCCUGACUGCCCUCAGUGUCCCCAACACAUCCUGACAGAGGCAGAGGCAGCCGUGUCCUACUCCCAGUUCUGUGAAGCAUUUGCCUUUCCCAUGGGGCCCCCGGGGGCCAGGGCCCUGCGGCUGUUCUAUGAGCUAUGGGGCCCCAGUGGGACCUUAUUUCAGAGGGGCCAGGCUAGCAACUGUCUUGCACAAGGUCAACACCCUGAGCCCCUGCUGUUUGACCAUCAGGGCUACUUGUCCUCAGUACUAGAAGUGUGUGAGGAAGUGAGCUACAUCAUACUGUACUGUAACUACACGCCGUGCCAGGAGUGUUCCCAGACCCUGAUCUCCUUCUAGCUGCACUAUCCAUGGGUGCGCCUGGAUCUGCUCUUCUCCCAGCUCUACCACACAGCCCCCAGCCAGACACACAGUCUGGACAACCAAACAGGCCUCCGCAGCCUGGCUGCCCUCUGGCCUCGACUCACCCUCAGCCCCAUAUCUGGAGCUGCUUGGGGGCAUCUGCUAAGGUGUUUUGUUAGAGAUGUCCCACCGUCGGCCCUACAGCUCCCCCUGCUGCCUGAGAGAAUAGAGGCGGACAGGGUUAAUGCAAUUCACAUAACAGCUAUUACAGGUAUAGGCCCUGCCUUUUUGGACCUCCCACUGAGGACAUACACAGAGCCUGUGGAGAGAACCCACACUCCCCAAGCGCUCACCCUGCUCUCUCCCCCACACCUGAACACAUCCAUGCACAUCUCCACACCCCAACCCCUAUCAAUGUGGUCAGACAUGUCAGGAUGCCUCCACCUUGGAGGGGUCAACCCCAAUCUCCUCCCUCUUCCUCUGGGUUCUUCUCCCCCCUGCUCUCUCUGUGGCUGCCUGGGCAUCUGGUGGAGAUAGUGCGGGAGGUAGAGAAGGAAGUGCCAAAAGCAAUCAGUCAGUCCCAGCACGGAGACUCGAAAAGAGGAAGAUCCAGAGGAAAAUAGUGCAGGGGUCACAACACAAAAAUGAAACUGUCGCGUGUGUAAUAUUUAACCAACAACAAUGAAUGGAGUUGAUGCCAGCUGUGUUUUGCAUUGUGUGCUCCGUAUACUCUGUUUGUGUUUGCUGUGAGUGUGCACUUGCCUGAAUACCUGUCUGCCUACCCAUGUAGAUGCACCCUGUUUUGGCACUGCGCUAGAGGCUAGAGGACAGGAUGGUGAGAGGUGGGAGGACUCUGCAUGUGUGCGUGAGUCUGAUGCUCAGAGGGGCACAGGGUCCUGGAGCACACUGGAGAAUACUACACAGACCCAUCCCUACCCAGCCUAGCUCAGCACUGCAGCCUAUAGCCGGACAAACAAAGAAAGAGAGAGAGAGAGAGAGAGAGAGAGAGAGAGAGAGAGAGAGAGAGAGAGAGAGAGAGAGAGAGAGAGAGAGAGAGAGAGAGAGAGAGAGAGACGGGUGGGAUGCAGCACAGGGGAAACAAAUAGAAAGAGGGAGAAAGAAAGGAAGGGAAGUGACAGAGUAGAGAGAAGUGGAAAGGGGGAAACGAGGAGAACAGGGGAAAGCAUGUGCCAGAACAGACUGGGACUGAUGAAUAUUGCAGACUUCAUCUGAGCAAAUUGAUGUUAGGUGUACUUUAUCACUCUCUGCACUCCCCCUGCCACCCCCCUAAAGUACUGUACAUGUGCGCAUACUGCACACACACCCUCAUAUAUGUACAAACAAAUGCAGCUCAAGUAUGUAGAAAAGCAGACAGGCCAGUUCUCCAACUCCCCAUACAAACAUAUUAUUUAUAAAGCUGAACACAUUAAUAUUUCAAAUCUACCAAUCUCAUUACAACCAUACCCUGCCCACUCCAAACUAAACUAUGAAGUCAUUUGGUGGGGAUAUUAAACAAAAUAGGAAUGAAGUGAUGCACAGAGAAAGGUAAUAACUCAGUGUGUGAGGUCAGCAGUAUUUCCUACCUGAGUGCGGGUGCAGAAUCCCUCCAUUAGAGAGACACUAGCAUCGUCUGCUCUGCUGCAUAGAGGAGGACAGAAAAAGAGAGAGAAAGAUGGAGGGAAAUCUCUUAAAGAUAUGCUCUCUUCAUUUUCUCGCUCUCCGUCAUGUGUCUGUUCUGUCGUCUACUGUCGUUUGACACAUUCAUCUCCACGAUGCCUCAGCCUCUGUCCAGCAGCAGCAGCAAAUCAGAACCACUCGGCCCCAGCUUUAUCUCUUGCUUUCACACUCACAUACGUACACACUAACACACAGUACAGCAAUCACACACUAUCUCUCCCGUCGUGCUCCCUCUCCAGCUGCAGUGCUGAACUACUGACUCACACUAACAGCUGCAGUGCUGAACUACUGACUCACACUAACAGCUGCAGUGCUGAACUACUGACUCACACUAACAGCUGCAGUGCUGAACUACUGACUCACACUAACAGCUGCAGUGCUGAACUACUGACUCACACUAACAGCUGCAGUGCUGAACUACUGACUCACACUAACAGCUGCAGUGCUGAACUACUGACUCACACUAACAGCUGCAGUGCUGAACUACUGACUCACACUAACAGCUGCAGUGCUGAACUACUGACCCACACUAACAGCUGCAGUGCUGAACUACUGACUCACACUAACAGCUGCAGUGCUGAACUACUGACUCACACUAACAGCUGCAGUGCUGAACUACUGACUCACACUAACAGCUGCAGUGCUGAACUACUGACUCACACUAACAGCUGCAGUGCUGAACUACUGACUCACAGUUACAGCUGCAGUGCCGUUCUGCACCUCUCUAUCUUACGUGGCCGUCUAUCUACGUGUAUGUGUAUGUGUGUAUGUGUAU